AUGAGUGAUAAACAUGAUUGCGGUACUGUGGACACACUUAGUCCAGGGGAUGAAAAGAAGUUGGUUCGCAAGAUUGACUUGCGACUGAUGCCUCUUCUAAUUGUCAGCUAUGGCCUUCAGUAUCUCGACAAGACCAGUCUGGCAUACAGCGCCAUCUUGGGACUACGAGAAGAGCUGCACCUCAAGGGACAGCAGUUCAGCUGGGCUUCCAGUAUCUUUUACAUCGGCUACCUUGUUGCUUCUUACCCCAUCUCCCUUGGCUUCGUCAAAUUCCCCCUUGGCAAGUAUCUCAGCAUCUUGAUGCUCAUUUGGGGCGUGGUUCUUACGCUGCAUGCUGUUGCGUCAAACUACGCAAGCCUGAUGGUUCUUCGACUAUUGCUUGGUGUCUUUGAGAGCGCCAUUAGCCCAGGAUUCUCUCUCAUCACCGGUAUGUGGUAUACGCCUCACGAGCACGUCUCUCGCCACUCUUUCUGGUUUGCUGGAAAUGCUUCGGCAAGUAUGAUUGGUGCCAUGAUUGCGUAUGGCAUUCUAGGCUAUGACGGACAUUUUGCUCAGUGGAAGAUGCUAUUCCUCAUUUUCGGCCUCAUCACAAUCGCGUGGUCCAUCUUCCUUUACUUCUUCCUCCCAGACUCACCCUCCAAUGCCACCUUCCUGACGCCUUCUGAGCGCGAGUUCGCAUCCCUCCGUCCCAAGAAGUUUCAGAGAACGACGCAGACCAAGAAGUGGGAUCGCGAUCAGUUCAUCGAGACCAUGAAGGAUGUCAAGGCCUGGUGGUUCUUCUUCUUUUCCUUCGUCAUUUGCGUGCCCAACGGAGGAACAACUAGUUUCAGCACCAUUGUCAUCAAGAGUUUCGGCUACGAUGAAUACCAGACCAUCCUCAUGGGUCUCCCCGCCUCGGCCUUCCAACUCACGACCGUUCUCCUAGUCGCCAUCUUCACUUCAUACGUGCGCAAGUCUCGGCACAUCGCCCUCGUCUUGACAUAUCUCAUGGCCAUUGGCGGCAUCCUCAUGAUCAAGCUUUUGCCAAACGAGGAGAAGCUUGCUCGUCUUGCUGGUUUCUGGCUGAUUAUGGCUGUUGCGCCCGCCUUCCCUCUGAUGAUGUCCUUGUCAGCUAGCAACAUUGCAGGCUUUACCAAGAAGUCUACUGUCAUGGCAAUGAUCUUCUUGGGUUAUUGUGCUGGAAAUCUGAGCGGACCUCAGUUCUUUAUCAGCACUGAAGCCCCGAAUUACCAUACUGCAUACACAACCAUCCUGGCUUGCUUCGCAAUCACUAUUGUUCUCGUCGUCGCCAUGCGUUUCUAUCUCGCUUGGGAGAACAACCGCCGAGACAAGGAGCAGGGCGUGCAGAGAGACCCAGAGGAAACCCGACAGGUGGAUCUCAACACGGAUGGAACGCUGCUUGAUGUUGAUGAGACGGAUGUUCAGAACAGGAACUUUAGAUACAUUCUCUAG